AUGGCAUUUGUUCCGAGAAGAACGUUUCCAAAUUAUAACUUGCCUCUUGCCAAUUUCAAGGGACAUCAUCAAAAGGCACUUACAAAGUUUGGGCACUUGGCCCCUCAGAUAGACCUUGUUCUUGAGGUGAGAGAUUCACGAGCUCCAAUAUCGACAACAAAUGUAAUCUUCGACAAAGUACUUGCCCACAAACAGAAAAUAGUGUUAUACCUGAAAAAGGAUCUCUCUGUCUUGAAGAAGAAUCUCUUGGAUAAAUGGCAUGCCCAAGAAAAUGAACAAUAUAUGUUUAUAGAUGCUAGAAAUAAGAAAGAUGCAACAAAGGUGAUCGAUCUUGUUGCCAAACAUUAUCGCAGUUUGAACCCGCCCCCACCAUUGGGACUAAGACUCAUGGUCAUAGGGAUGCCCAACGUUGGAAAAUCAACUCUAGUAAAUAGCUUGAGAGACGUGGGCUACAUAUCUCAACUUUCCAACAAUAGAGUAUCACUGAAACGUAGCAAAGUUGCCAGAACAGGUGGUCAACCUGGAGUUACAAAGGCAACUAGUGAGAUUAUUCGUAUUAGUGAAUCCCCUGAUUUACUAAUGCAUGAUACUCCUGGUGUUUUCCUUCCCUCGGUUAAAGAUGCUGAGACUAUGUUGGCUCUUUCUCUCGUAGGCUGUGUUCAUUCUUCGUUCAUAGAUCCCGUAGUGCAAGCAGAUUACUUACUUUACUUGUUGAAUUUACAAGACCCAAAAGGUAAGUUGUAUCUGGAAUAUUUGCCACAUCCAACUAAUUCGAUUAUGGAGUUGCUUCAUGGGAUUGCCAAGAAGCGUGAUGUACUUAAGAUGACCAAGCCACUACAUUGGUCGGUGGGGGAGCCACUAGAAGAAACUUUUGAUGAAUUGGGAAUGGCUAACCAUUGGGUUAAUUUAUGGAAACAGGGAAAACUGCCCAAGUAUAAAGGGUUGUUUGAUUUGAGUGCCAUUGUAGAAACAAACGGAGAAGCUCUUCGUGAAAUCUUUCAGCAAGAAAAGGAGAGAGUAGGCACCAUGAACAUCAGCGAAAAAAUCACCGACAGCUUGGGAAAUGAUGGCUCUGGGAAAGAAAAGCAUAGGAAGAGAACUGCAAAGGAUAGGGAAUAUGAUUUGAAGAAUAGGCUAUUUAAGAUUUAA